CCCUGGGGGCUGUGUGCCGCGCCGCCGGGCCAGCUCUUCUCCACCACACCGCAACAGGCAGAGCGCCGCAAGAGCAGCACAGAGCAGAGCAGAGGCCCACGCAGCAGCACGACACACACCAUGGCCGCGGCGCCGCCCAAGCUGCGCAUCCUCGCGCUGCACGGCUUUGCCUCCAACGCCUUCCACUUCAACCGGCGUCUCGGCUCCUUCCGCAAGGCCACGGGCGCCGUGGCGGAGCUGCACUUUCUCAAUGCGCCGCACCUCGUGCAGCCCGUGAGCGUCACGCUCGGCCUCGAGGCGCGCGACGACCUCGUCGACGAGAACACACCGCUCGAGGAGCAGCCGCGCGCCUGGUGGCGCGCAAAUGGGCAAGGCCAGAGCCAGUACGACGGCUGGCCCGAGACGCUCGCCUUUCUCAACGACGCCCUGGCCGAGCACGGCCCGUUCGACGCCGUGCUUGGCUUCAGCCAGGGCGGAUGCCUGGCCGGCCUGCUCGUCUCGGCCUUUGAGGAUGCGUCGCGCCUGCCCGGCCUCGUGCUGCCUGCGAGCCAGAAACCGCUCAAGUUUGCCAUCAACGUGUCGGGCUUCCGCGCGGCCGACGAGCGCAUGAAGGCCUGCUUCCCGCGCGAGGGCAUCCGCACGCCCGUCCUGCACGUCCUCGGCCGCAACGACCAGAUUGUGGAGGAGGAGCGGGCACAGACGCUCGUCUCGGCCUUCAAGUCGACGUCGCGGGUCGAGCACCACGACGGCGGCCACGCGCUUCCCACACAAGCACCAUGGCGGCAGUUCUUCAAGGCCUUCUUCGAGCACUUCGCUGCCGAGGACUACACGCCAUCAGACGCCUGGCGGGAUGUGGCGCCGCCGUCGGCGCGGCCGUUUGGCAUGCAGCCCGACAGUGCACCCGGCAGUGGCGCCGUCACGCCGCGCGACGACGGCAAGCCCGACGGCAAGUCGAGUCUCUGAGCAGGUCCUGCAUGCGAUUGCAUCGAGCGAGAAGACUAUAGUAUACAUGGCACGGCGGAGCACGGCGAAGCGAGUGGUGGGUGUGCUCGUGGGGAGAUGCUGUAUAACGAUGAUACACGGUGCUUUUGGUCGCUUUAAUAGAAGCUCGUGAUGCCGAGCU